AUGGGGGAUAUGUAUCAGUUUGAAGAGAAUUUCUCUUCGUCUUCCUCCUCUCAAGACGAAAUCUCUCUUUUUCUUCGUCAGAUUCUCCUCCGUUCAUCCUCUUCUUCGUCUAUGCCUGGAUCCUGCAACUCCAACGCUGUAAAUGCACAACCUUCUUUCCCAUCGUCAUCGCUCCAAGAUGGUAAGAUCUCGGCCCUUGAUUCCUCCGCUGGAGUAAACACUUGCAGUUCAAUCAAGGGUCAGGGUGGUUCUGCUGCAAAUGUGUCUUCCUCGUCUGUGGCAGUGAGCGAGAACGAAACUGAUGAUUAUGAUUGUGAAAGUGAGGAGGGUGUUGAAGCAUUGGCUGAAGAAGUUCCAACAAAGUCUGCUCCUUCUAGGAGUUCAUCAAAAAGAAGCAGAGCAGCUGAAGUUCAUAAUUUGUCUGAAAAGCGAAGGAGGAGUAGGAUCAACGAGAAAAUGAAGGCUUUGCAAAAUCUAAUUCCAAAUUCUAACAAGACUGAUAAGGCUUCAAUGCUCGAUGAAGCUAUUGAAUACCUUAAACAGCUUCAGCUCCAAGUACAGAUGCUGUCAAUGAGAAAUGGAUUGAGUUUGCAUCCAAUGUGCUUUCCUGAAGGCGUGCAGCCUCUGCAAUUGUCUCGGAUGAAUAUGGAGUUAAGUGAAGGAAACAGGUCUACCCCUUUAAACAUGACAGCAACUCUGCCUCUGCACCAAGAGAACCCCUUGCACUAUGCAUCCAAUCUACCUAACAAACACACUCUGCCAAAUCAGUCAUCAGGGCCCUAUCCUUCAUUUAUUAACAACUCAGAAACUUCUUUUGGACUGGAAUCCCGAAUCCCAGCGCAUAUAAAUCCUCUUCAACCCAGAAGAUCUUCUGAGCCUAUUCGUGGGGAAGACAUGAUGCAGCAUCAGCAACCCAAUGCAAUCCAUUCAGAUACCAAUCCAUUAGGUGGUUCUCAAGGUGCGCAUGUUUCUUCUUGUACAAUUCAAUUAUCACUCUCCUUUAACACGCAAAUAUCUGAACCUAAGGACAACAACUCCUUACAAACAUGCAUUGCGGGAAGAGAUCAGUCAGGAGGAGUGUUCAUAAGAAAUAACGAGCCCAACACUAUUCUUACAUCGCAGUUAAGUAGGUAA